AUGAAGUACACAUUCGCCACUCUUGCCCUCGCGGCAGCAUCACUAGCCAACCCAGUCCCAACCACAAGCUCCGAUGCACCGUCCUCAUUCAAGAUCGUCAACGUUGUCUCGGGCGGCUCAGGCUGUCCUCAAGGUAGCAUCGACGUCAACUGGACGGACAACAAGAUCUUCCCUAUCUACUUCAGCCCCGCCUUCACCGCCCGCGUCGGCUCCCGCGCCGACGCCACCGACUCGCGCAAAAACUGCCAACUCAACCUCAAACUCUCCUACGACUCCGGGUUCUCCUUCUCCGUGUACAGCGCCGACUACACGGGCUGGGCGGAUCUCGACAGCGGCGUGACAGGCACCGUCAAGGCGUCGUACUACUUCUCCGGCGAGACGGAGCAGGGCAGCGCGGCGCUGUCCAUCCCCGGCCCCUUCCACGGCAAGUACUUCAAGCAGGAUAACGUGGAUCUGGCGGUUUGGAGCCCCUGUGGCGCGGGCGAGGCGCUGUUGAAUUCCGUUUGCGACGAGUGCAAGUGGGGUGCUGGCGAGUACGAGGGAGGGGGGCAGGUUGGUGAAUAA